AUGUCCACCCGUAAGAGAAAGCAAGAAGCCGAGGAGGAGGAAGAGCUCCAGGCGCUUCCUAGCGACGAGAGCGAAGAGGAAGAAGAAUAUGAGGACUCCGACGUAGGCGAAAGCGCAGGCGAAGAAGAAAGCGAGUCAGAAGCGAGCGCCGAAGAAGGAGACGAAGAGGAAGAAGAGGAAGAAGGUGCUCCUCAAGAGAAAGGUUCGCUCCCUGCCAUUCUCUCCAUCUUCACCCUACCCUCGAAAGACAACAAUGCUAACGUGUAUUCCUACCACCUAGGCCCUCCCGCCCCGAAGAAGCGAAAGACAGCCACCGCGCCCGAGGGUGAGGGUGAAGGUGAAGAGAAGGAAGAGGUGAAGGAGAAGAAGAAUGGCAAGGACACUGGCGAGAAUGGUGUCGAGGAUGACAAGGAGGGAGAGGAGGCAGGCGAAGACGAGGAGGAAGAGGCGGAAGAGAAAGACGAGGGCGCUGAAAAGACGGAAAAGAGCAGCGGCCCUGCUGCUGCGGCGAAGAAAGCCAAGGGCGAUGUUGUGCCUAAAGAGAAAGAGGUGGAUUCUGAUGCUUUGGAGGCGGAUGAGUGA